AUGCGCGAGCUCGGCCGCGGGGGCUCACUUGUAGCAGCCACUAUAGCCGCGUUACACAACCGAUCUGCUGAUGGUAAAUCAAGAUCGAUCAAUACGAGACCGACCACCGGAGAGGAAAGAAACGUCUCUCAAACUAUAAGAGAAGACCAUGUAGAAGAUUUUUGUAAUCGCCGUAUUUCGGGAGUGAGCGAGCGACCUCUAUCAACGGCCUCGGAAGCAUCGGAAAGGGACUCCGCAUCCGUUCAGUCCAGCGAGGAUCACCACCGACGUGAAAUGUCAUUUAAAAGAAGCUUCAUGUCCGACCGGGAGUAUCUUACGGAACCCUUUGAUGAGGGCGAGGAGCGUACGGCGGUGGGAUACGUCCACCCAGCUGUGCGCUCCUACAUGUACUCACCAAUGGGCGGUGAUUCGGAUAGUGCUGAUGAAACAACAGUAAAAUGUUCGGGUUGGAAGGAUCCCCGAGGUAUACCGGCGAGGGCGGAAUCGUCGGACUCCGAUAGUUCAACGACUGAAGAAGAUUCGGACGAGCACGAGUAUGAAACCGGCGCUGGCGAUUGUGAUUUCCGUACAUUGACGCCAAAUAGACGUGUUGAUGAUACAACACGCUGCGACAAUGAUUUCAAAUGGAUGCCGAGCGUAGAUAUUAUGAGUGCGGCUGAAGUGCCAUUGAUGUCCUCGCGCGUCGACGAGUACUCAUCGAAUGUGAGUCUCGAUAGACGUCGUCGCAGAUCCAGCGACCGUAGUGACCGUGACAGAAAGACAAGGUCAUCCUUAUCAGCCAAGCCGCCGCAGCAUCCAUCUAGCGUGCGUGCUUCUCCACGGCCAGGUCGCAUAUCAAGAAACGAGGACACUCCACCUGAUUUGCAACGGCGUUGGAAUUCCUAUGAACAUUUCCGUUGGCCGGACGGUGGAUGGUGGCCGCCCAUGUGUUGGUGCCACCCUCCGACCCCUCCCUGCUGUAUGCACGAACGCACCUGGCCAUCACAUCCCUCUUUGCCCUCUCGUACACACAAGAACGAUGCUGAAGACAGAGUGCGGCGCCUGGAGGCUGACAAGGAGAGUCUCCAUCUGCAGGUGCAGGUGCUGUCAGAACAGAUCGCAGCACAGACGGAGAAGAUGUCCGACCUCGAGAGAACACUCACCGACACUAGACAGAGACUUGAUGACACGGAACAGAGGUUGCAAAAGGAGAUGCUCCAAAGGUCGUCAUUAGAGACACAGAAGUUGGAGUUGUUAUCGAAACUGAGUGAAGUCAGACUGAGAGUGGCUGAGCGAGGGCUGGUGGAACGAUCUCCGCCCCCAGAACCCGCACCGGUAGCACGACCUGCGCCGCCGAGGACACCACCAGCUAACUACGGGCGUCAGAUCGAGAGGAACACUCACAUGUAUUCUUCGUUGCCACGCUCCUCGGUUCUGAGUUCGGAAGUGCGCUUCGGUAAACACAACAACAUGGUGGUGGCUCGAGGUCGCGGCCAGUCCGUGCCCAACUUAGCUGAGAAGGAGGAGGUCUCUCGAGGUAGCCCUACCCCUUCCCUUCGCGAGGUGCGCACGAGACGUACUGUGCGCCUGGAGGGAGACGAGCGAGGGUCCGUCAGACGAGCGAGGCCGCCCGCCUCCAUCAACAACACGCCCGCCUUAUGGGAAACGACUGAUAUCCGCGAAUGGGACUGCGAUAUGACCUGUGGGUGGUUAGAGAGUAUAGGCUUGGAAGGUUACGUACCAGCGGCCCGCGUGUGGCUGUCUUCAAACAACCCGCCCUCCUCCCCCACCACACAGGCCCCACAGACACAGACGCCAACUAAGGGCAGACUAGCGAACGCCUCCUCGGCCACCAUAGAAAAGGAGCUGGCCAUCAAACACCCCAUGCACAAGAAGAAAAUAAUGCUCGCCAUCACCGACUUAAUGGGUGGUGACGGUGACCCUCUCUUGUCGUUGGCUGGUCGGCUGGACGGUUCGUGGGCGUUACGUUGGCUGGAGGACAUCGGCGCGGGCUCCGUGCGUGCGGCGGCCGCGGACGCAGCGCUCGACGGACGCCUGCUGCAUCGACUCACACACAGCGAGCUACACCACCAGCUGCGGGUACAUCACGCACUACACGCACUCGCCAUUAGAAGAGGUAUACAAGUACUUCGUGAGAACAACUUCGAUCCGGAUACAAUGAUCCGUCGGGCUGCUGAGGCUCCCGAGGGCGAAGCGCCCGUCCAGGAGGGGCCCGAGGUGGAGCCCCGACCGGAGUCCCAGCCUGAGGGCGAUGGCAAGCCCGUCCCUCAUGUAGCGCGCUGGUCCGCUCAUAGAGUGAUGCAGUGGCUCAACGAGAUCGAUCUAGCAGAAUACGCACCCAACUUGAGAGGAGCAGGUGUCCACGGCGGUCUGUUGUUGCUGGAGGCGCGGUUCACGGCGGAGCUACUGGCCGCCCUGCUACAUAUACCAGCACACAAGACACUGUUGAGAAGACAUCUCACACAGAGAUUCAAUGACCUAUUGGGGCGCGAUGUUAUCCAGCAGAAACGGAACGCGGAACAAACACUCGGAUACCAACCGCUCACAGCCACUACCAAGUAUAAGGUGCCAAAGAAGAGUCAGUUUUCAUUGAAGAGGAAGAAGAGUAGGGACGAGCUGGGAGACCUCGUGUGUCCGCUGAGAGACUCAGGUGAAGACACUGUGAACGAUGAGAGCCAAGCCAGCAGUACCGGACGGCGGGUCGGGUGUCUAUCUCCAGCGUGA